AUGUGGCAGACCAGGUUGAUAAGGUACUUGAUUAGAUGCAGUUAUAUUGAAAUCUACAAUGAAAAGAUCAAUGACCUCCUGGAUAAGAGCAAUCAGGAUAUCAAAGGAAAUGUGCUGCUUGAUGCAAGGGAAGCUGUCGUAGACAAUGUUGAUAAAGUUAUGGAGAACAUGAUGCAGGGCAAUAAGAUCAGACGAGUUGCAGCUACUCGCAUGAAUGAGAGGUCAUCUCGAUCACACACGAUUUUCCGGAUUAUUCUGGAGUCGAAAGAUGCCAAUCAGAAAGAUGGACCUGUACAUAUAAGCUACCUUAACUUAAUGGACUUAGCUGGUUCUGAGAGAGUUUCUGACGAAAGCUGCUGGAAAUGUGAUAAGGCAACUAAGCGAGGGGAAGGAGUUUAUCAGUUAUCGCGAUUCGAAAUUGACUAG